UGGAGCUGGCUUCCACACCCAACACAGCCCGGACAAGUUGGUGGUCACGAAGGCGUCGGUAAGAUUGUGAAGCUCGGCUCUGGAGCCGAAUCUUCUGGCCUCAAAGUCGGAGACAGGGUGGGAAUCAAGUGGCUUUCCAGUGCUUGCACGAACUGUCGUAUGUAUAAUGCUCCACCGUACACAUAGGGUACACAUUGACCGGCUUGUAGAACCAUGUCAGGCCGGUGCGGAAGGACUUUGUGUUGAUCAGAAGGUCUCUGGAUACUAUACCCCUGGCACUUUCCAGCAAUAUGUUUUAGGGCCUGCCCACUACGUGACACCCAUCCCAGAUGGCUUAGAAUCAGAUGCAGCAGCACCCAUGCUUUGCGCAGGUGUCACCGUCUAUGCUGCCCUCAAACGAAGCAAUGCUCGACCUGGUCAGUGGAUUGUCAUCUCUGGUGCAGGUGGUGGACUGGGCCAUAUUGCUGUACAACUGGCCAGUAAGGGUAUGGGGCUGCGUGUGAUUGGUAUCGACCACGGCAGCAAAGAGGAGCUGGUCAAGGAAUCCGGUGCAGAACACUUCGUUGACCUCACGAAGUUUCCCACGGAUGACAAUGGCAAAGCUAUAUCUGACCAUGUAAAGUCCCUUGCUGGUGGCCUGGGCGCUCAUGGUGUCAUCGUCUGCACAUCUUCCAACGCAGCCUAUGCCCAGUCUGUGCAGUUCUUGCGCUUCAACGGGACAAUGGUGUGUGUUGGUCUUCCUGAGAACAACCCUCAGCCCAUCGCGAGUGCGUUACCCGCCACUUUGAUCGGCAAGCAUUGUUACAUUACGGGGUCGGCCGUCGGUAACCGGAGAGAAGCAAUUGAGGUCUUGGAAUUCGCAGCACGGGGAAUCGUGAAGACUCAUUUCCGAACGGAGAAGAUGGAUAAGUUGACAAGUGUCUUCGAGGAGAUGGGAGAGGGUAAAUUGCAAGGACGGGUUGUCCUGGACUUAUCCUAAGUUAGCCGCUGGUUUUGCUCAUUCACAAUGCCUCAGUUGAAGCAUAAAGUAGCAAGCAAAAUGCCGAAAUUCAAACAGAAACAUAAAAAAACCGCGUACAGUUCAAAUCGAAGAACUUA